UUCUCCAAGUGUGGCAUCGUUCCUUCGCCCCUGCAGCUCCACACACUCUCUGGAACACAUUCACACUCUCUCAGUGGAGAGCAGGGGGACGCUGUCUCUGUUGUGGUCUGACAAGAAGCUCUGCUUUUCCUCCUUGCAAGCUUUCGAAAUCGCCCAUGAAUUCCCUCGCGUAAAGCGGCGCGAGCGUCCGUCCUCUUCCGUCUAAAAGGGUUGAAGAUAAGAAACCUCCUCAUCAUGAGCAGCGUGAGCAGUUGCGGUUUCCUGAAUAUGGCGACGAUAGGAGACUUCGACCCGCUCAACGCCACUAUUCCUGCUACAAAAGUUGAGAUUACAGUCUCGUGCAGAAACCUGCUUGACAGAGACACAUUUUCCAAAUCAGAUCCAAUCUGUGUGCUGUACACCCAAGGCAUUGGCAACAAAGAGUGGCGAGAGUUUGGGCGGACGGAAGUUAUUGAUAACACUUUGAACCCGGAUUUUGUGCGAAAAUUCAUAUUGGACUACUUCUUUGAAGAAAGACAGAACUUAAAGUUUGAUCUGUAUGAUGUCGACUCCAAGAGCACCAACCUUUCAAAACAUGAUUUCCUUGGCCAGGCCUGUUGUACAUUGGGAGAGGUGGUGGGAUCAUUGGGUGGUCGUAUGGAGAAGGCUCUUGGGGGGAUUCCAGGGAAGAAAUGUGGGACAAUUAUUGUGAAGGCCGAGGAGCUUAGCAACUGCAGGGAGUCUGUGAUGAUGCAAUUUUGUGGCAACAAACUGGACAAAAAGGACUUCUUUGGCAAAUCGGACCCCUUCUUGGUGUUUUAUCGCAGCAAUGAGGAUGGAACAUUUACCAUUUGCCAUAAGACAGAGGUGGUGAAGAACACGCUGAACCCUGUGUGGCAAGCCUUUAAAAUCUCCGUCAGAGCCCUGUGCAAUGGCGAUUAUGACAGGUAUGGAGUCAUAAACCCCAAGAAGAAAGGCAAAAAGAAAAAAUAUCUCAACUCUGGAACUGUGACACUGCUUUCGUUUCUCGUUGAUACUGAAGUCACCUUCUUGGACUUCAUCAAAGGCGGGACUCAGAUUAAUUUCACAGUGGCGAUUGAUUUCACAGCUUCUAACGGCAACCCAGCCCAACCCACUUCCCUCCAUUACAUGAAUCCUUAUCAGCUCAACACCUACGCCAUGGCACUCAAAGCCGUGGGGGAGAUCAUACAGGACUAUGACAGCGACAAGAUGUUCCCCGCACUGGGUUUCGGAGCCAAGCUGCCUCCUGAUGGGAGAAUAUCCCAUGAGUUUGCCCUGAAUGGAAACCCUCAGAAUCCAUAUUGCAAUGGCAUUGAUGGAGUCAUGGAGGCAUAUUACCAGAGUCUAAAAUCAGUUCAGCUCUACGGUCCUACCAACUUCUCACCUGUCAUUAACCAUGUAGCUAGAUACGCUGCCUCAGUAAAGGACGGAUCACAGUACUUCAUCCUCCUCAUCAUCACGGAUGGAGUGAUAUCAGAUAUGGCCCAGACAAAGGAGUCCAUAGUUAAUGCUGCCUCUCUUCCCAUGUCAAUUAUUAUUGUUGGAGUUGGACCAGCCGAGUUUGAUGCCAUGAUCGAGUUGGAUGGUGAUGAAGUCAGAAUCUCAUCGAGGGGCAGAUAUGCUGAGAGAGACAUCGUACAGUUUGUUCCAUUCAGAGACUACAUUGAUCGCACUGGGAAUCACGUCCUAAGCAUGGCCCGCUUGGCCAAAGAUGUUCUUGCAGAGAUCCCAGACCAGUUCCUAUCCUAUAUGAGGACCAGAGGAAUCAAGCCGUCUCCCGCUCCCCCUCCGUACACACCCCCAGGACACCCGCUGCAAACUCAGAUCUAAAAUGGGCCCAGGAGCGAGCCUUGCAGUAUCUCAGUAUCGCUUUCUCAAUCACUCAGUGAGAUGAAGUUUUCCUCAGCUCUCAGCUUUUUCUGUCCCUUUCUCUUUGCACUAUGGGGGCUGUAGAUGGACAAUAUGGUUAGACAGGGUUCUGAGAACAGGUUUACUUCCAUUACAGGCAUUCCCUGUCAGGAUGCCUCUUAGUUUCACUCUCUGUCUCUCAAUGCCUGGAUAGCUUGUUUCUGAUGGCCACAUUGUAGAAUGAACUUCGCAUUUCUGGUUAACCGUGAAAAGAAGGACAG